CGGCCGCGGCUUGGGCCCAGUGUCGGCCGCCGAGCGGGCGCUCCGCGGGACAUGGCGGGCUGCGUGGCCCGGCGGGCCCUGGCCGUGGGCAGCCGCUGGUGGGCCCGCUCGCUAACCGGGGCUCGGGGGCCGAGGCCACUCUGUGUGGCAGGUGGAGCUGGGGCCUUCCCGCCAGCGGCGGCAGCGACGACGCGGAGGCACCUCUCGUCCCGAAACCGACCAGAGGGCAAAGUUUUGGAGACGGUUGGUGUAUUUGAGGUGCCAAAACAGAAUGGAAAAUAUGAGACCGGGCAGCUCUUCCUUCAUAGUGUUUUUGGCUACCGAGGUGUCGUCCUGUUUCCCUGGCAGGCCAGACUAUAUGACCGGGAUGUGGCUUCUGCAGCUCCGGAGAAAGCAGAGAAUCCUGCUGGCCAUGGUUCUAAGGAGGUGAAAGGCAAAACUCACACUUACUAUCAGGUGCUGAUUGAUGCCCGAGACUGUCCACAUAUAUCUCAGAGAUCUCAGACAGAAGCUGUGACUUUCUUGGCUAACCAUGAUGACAGCCGGGCCCUUUACGCCAUCCCAGGCCUGGACUAUGUCAGCCACGAAGACAUCCUCCCCUAUACCUCUACCGAUCAGGUUCCCAUCCAGCAUGAGCUGUUUGAAAGAUUUCUUUUGUAUGACCAGACAAAAGCACCCCCUUUUGUGGCCCGGGAGACACUACGGGCCUGGCAAGAGAAGAACCACCCCUGGCUGGAGCUCUCUGAUGUUCACCGGGAGACAACAGAGAACAUUCGUGUCACUGUCAUCCCCUUCUACAUGGGCAUGAGGGAAGCCCAGAAUUCCCAUGUCUACUGGUGGCGCUACUGUAUCCGCUUAGAGAACCUCGAUAGUGAUGUGGUGCAGCUCCGGGAGCGACACUGGAGGAUAUUCAGUUUAUCUGGCACCUUGGAGACAGUGAGAGGCCGAGGAGUGGUGGGCAGGGAACCAGUGUUAUCCAAGGAGCAGCCCGCAUUCCAGUAUAGCAGCCACGUCUCCCUGCAAGCUUCCAGCGGGCACAUGUGGGGCACAUUCCGCUUUGAGAGGCCUGAUGGCUCCCACUUUGAUGUCCGGAUCCCUCCCUUCUCCCUGGAAAGCAAUAAAGAUGAGAAAACCCCACCUUCAGGCCUUCACUGGUAGGCCAGCUGAGGCCUGAGUGCCUAGGCUCAGCCCCUGAAGAACAGCUCUCAUCCCACAAUUGCUGCAGAACUCUCUCUCCACCAUGGGCCACAGUGGGUCUUUUUAUCAUUUGCGCCAUUUGAUUGUGGGGUUCUUUUUCAGUGCGUGGGUGUAAUCGUUUUCUCCAGAAGACCUGUGUAGGACUCCUCCAAGGCUGGCCUCCCCUGUAAGCCCUGGCUACACUGUGUUCCAGUAAAGCUUUCCACCAGGAAUUCUUAUGUUCAGCUGCCACAGGCCUGGGGUUUCCUGGCCUGUCACACAAGUUGUUUGGAAUAUGAGGUUUGGUCAAUAAACCAGUGCACACUUGGCCACCCUCGCCAUUUCUGCCCCCCCGGGGUCUCAGGCUCCCUUUUUGGUGUAGUUGGGGCCCUUGGUUGCUUUCCUUUGCUGCCUUUCCAGGAAACUGCCCCAUCUACUAGAGUAUGUAUCUGUUUCUUUCUCUCCUGAGGCUGGGGCUUGGCUGGAUGUCUCCUGGGGUCAUCAUGCCUCUCAGCCAGUUGGUUGGGGGCUAGACUGGACUCGUUCUUUAUCCUCUGCUAAGUGCAGAGCAGGAGGCCAGCAGCAGGCUCAGGCUCUCAGCACUGGCUAACCAUUGACAUCGUUGGCCUCACUGGGCCUGGGAAGGAGUGAGGCAAGCCCUUCAAGUUCCCUGGAAUAGCUUGCCAGCCCUGAGCCUGUCAGGCCUCCACAUCGCAAAUGCAGAAACUCAGCCAAGGAGCUUUAGUUACGUAUGGACGGUGACUGAGCCAAGCUACUUUCUGAGCUGAUUGCAGAUCUCCAAGAGCCAGAGGUGAAAUGUGCUGCAUUUUCCCGAGUCUUAGGAUUCCUGCUUCCCUACUACCAUAGUGAUUGUUAAAGAGGUCGUUUUAUUCUUAAUAUUAAAUCUCAGUUCCAGCCCUCAUUAGUGUUGUCCUUAAUCCUCCACCAGGGGGAGCCCGGGUUGCAGGGCAACUGAGUGCAAUAGGAUUUAUGAUUCCGGGAGAACACAAGGUGGUGAAUGGGAAAUCCAACUGUGUCCAUAGCAGUGAGCUGACCCAGCUCUAAUCACUGCAAGCACGACUCUGUACUACCGCAAUGUAACACAAUUUUAUUAGAAAUUAGUGUUUGUUUCCAUCACCUGUGGUGAGCAACAAAGGAUUGCAGUUAAGUGGCAAAGCAGUUCUCUCGGUGGCAGGAGUUGGGCCAUCCUUUAGGCAGACGUGGGUGAGAUAAGAAUAAAACCCAUGUGAUGAAC